AUGGACAUUUUCCGGAUUCUCUCGCGCGGCGCGGCCGUCAAGAACAGCAAGCAGGCGGCCGCGGAUUUUUCGCAGCCGCAGCCGCUGCACCCCACGCUCCGUUCUCUCGAGGAGGAGGUGGAUAAGGAAACGGACUUUUUCCGCACGGGCCGAGGCGGGGCCAGGCCGGAGGGGGACAGAAAGCAAGACACAGACGCAGACACAGACGCAGACACAGACGCAGACACAAACACAGAAACAAACGCAGAAACAAACACAGACACAAACACAGAAACAAACGCAGAAACAAACACAGACACAAACGCAGACACCCCCCUGGCCAUCACCAGCGAGGCCGCGGCGCGCGCGUUCCGGCGCCGGUGCGGCAGCAAGGUGUCCGGCGGCGACGUGCCGCUCCCCAUCGCGUCGUUCCAGGACCUCGAGGCGCGCUUCGGCUUGCACCGGCGGCUCCGGGCCAACCUCGUGGCGGGCGGCUUCGCCGAGCCCACGCCCAUCCAGUGCGAGGCCAUGCCCUGCAGCCUCGUGCGCCGCGACGUGGUGGCCUGCGCGCCCACCGGGUCCGGCAAGACGCUUGCGUUCUUGGUGCCCAUGGUGCAGGCGCUCGCCCAGGCGCCGGCCGCCAAGAACCCCGGGGUGCGGGGCCUCGUGCUCGCGCCCACCAACGAGUUGGCGCAGCAGAUCCACGCGCAGCUCCAGCAGCUCACGCGCGGGCUCGGGCACGUGGCCACGGCCGUGUUGACGCGGCAGGUGGCCGCGCAGCUCGUGCUGGGCCGCGUGCGCGGCGACAGGUACACGGUCCUCGUGAGCACGCCGUUGCGGCUCCUCGACAUGGUGCGCGGCGGGCACGUGGCGCUCGCGGGCGUGGAGGAGCUUGUCAUUGACGAGGCGGACCGCAUGUUCGAGCGUGGGUUCGUGGAGCAGACGGACGGCGUGGUGGCCGCGUGCACGCACGCGCGGUUGCGGCGGCUGGUGUUCUCGGCCACGAUGCCGGCGGGCGUGGAGGCGUUGGCGCAGUCCAUGAUGUGCGACCCGGUGCGCAUCGUGGUGGGCCACAAGGAGGCCGCGUGCGCCAGCAUCGACCAGCGCUUGGUGUUCACGGGCAGCGAGGACGGCAAGCUCGUGGCCGUGCGCCAGAUGCUCCAGCAGGGCGAGGUCAAGCCGCCGGUGCUCGUGUUCGUGCAGUCCAUCGUGCGUGCCAAGGCCUUGUUCCACGAGUUGUUGUACGACCGCUUGAACGUGGACGUGGUCCACGCGGAGCGCACGCCGGCCCAGCGCGCGGACGCCAUCCGCCGCUUCAAGGCCGGCGACGUGUGGGUGCUCAUCACCACGGACGUGCUUGCGCGCGGCGUGGACUUCAAGGGCGUGAACCUCGUGCUCAACUACGACGUGCCGCCGUCCGCGCAGGCGUACGUGCACCGCAUCGGCCGCACGGGGCGGGCGGGCCAGCCGGGCCGCGCCGUGACCUUCUUCACCAAGGCCGAUAGCUUGGCCGUGCGCCCGGUGCUCAACGUCAUGAAGCAGUCGGGCUCGCGCGGCUACGCCGCGUGGAUGGACGACAUGUCCAACUUGUCCUAUGCCGAGCGCAAGGACGUGCAGCGCCGCCCGGUGGCCCGCCAGCAGAUCAGCACGGUCCCGGCCGUGGUGCGCCACAAGCGCCGCCAGCGGCACGAGAUGAUUGCCGCGUCCAAGCGCCGGAAGGAGUGCGGCGGCGAGUGA